CUCUCAUCUUUAAAUUUCGGUUAUCCAACGGCUGUUUUUCACCCUCUCUCCUCUCUCUUCUUUUUCCCUUAGGCCUAACCUCGUGUUUAAACCUCUGCAAAAAUAAAAUUUCUGCCGCAACCAAAAUUCGAACUAAGAUGAGCUGAUGAUUAAAGCAAAAGAGAAAAGGCGAAGCUUAGCUUCUUCCUUGAAGUUGAAGUCUCUUUUUGCAAGAUGAUUGAUUCUUUACCUCUCUACAAACUUCAACUCUUUCAUAUUCCCUCUGCUUUCCAUUUCCUACACUUCUCUUGAACCAUUCCACGUAAAAAAUGGCGCCCUUCAUUGUCCUACUAAUUAUAGCAUCACUCGCAAACACCUCCUUCUCCUCCACCCUCAUAUCGGACUUCCACGCGCUGGUCGCGUUGAAGCAGGGAUUCGAGUUCCCAAACUCCGCUAUCAGCGGGUGGAACUCCUCAAACCCCACUUCAAUCUGCUCGUGGAGCGGCGUCCAAUGCCUCCGCGGCAGAGUGGCAUCGCUCGACCUGUCCAACAUGGCCCUGUACGGCUCCAUCUCCCCCGACAUUUCAAGGCUCGACAGGCUGGAAGAGCUCUCCAUCGAUGGGAACAACUUCACCGGCGAGAUCAAUCUCGAGAGCAUGAGCUCCCUCCGCUUCAUAAACAUCUCCAACAACCAAUUCAGCGGCGGCCUAGACUGGAACUACUCCAGCCUCCCGAAUCUCCAAGUUGUUGAUGCGUACAACAACAACUUCUCCUCUGGCCUACCUAUUGGGGUGGUGAGCUUGAGAAACCUCAAGCACCUCGAGCUCGGAGGGAAUUUCUUCUACGGAAGAAUACCUCCGAGCUAUGGCGAGCUAGCCGGAUUGGAGUACUUAUCACUAACCGGAAACGAUCUGCAGGGGAGGAUUCCUAGAGAGUUAGGCAACCUCACAAACAUGAAGGAGUUGUACCUAGGCUACUUCAACGUGUUCGAGGGCGGGAUCCCUCGAGAGCUUGGCAAGUUGACGAAUCUUGAGCAUUUUGAUCUAUCCUCGUGUGACCUGGACGGCUCAAUCCCUCCGGAGCUGGGGAAUCUGAAGUCACUGGACACAUUGUUCCUGCACGUAAACCGGCUCACGGGGCCAAUCCCGAGGGAGCUGGGGAACCUGACGAGGCUGGUGAAUCUUGACUUAUCUCUGAAUGCGCUGACAGGGGAGAUCCCGUACGAGCUGAUAAACCUGAGGCGGAUCCAGCUGAUGAACCUGUUCAUCAACAGGCUGCACGGCUCCAUCCCGGACUUUGUGGCUGAGUAUCCCGAGAUGGAGACGCUGGCGCUGUGGAUGAACAACUUCACAGGGGUCAUACCUAGGAAUCUCGGACAGAAUCAGAGGCUGCAGAUUCUUGAUCUGUCUUCCAACAAGCUCACUGGUACUGUUCCUCACAAUUUGUGUGAAUCUGGGCAGCUCAGGAUCCUUAUUCUUCAGAAGAAUUUCCUUUUUGGCUCCAUUCCACAGGAAUUAGGCAACUGUUUGAGCCUGGUGAGAGUGAGGUUGGGAGAGAACUACUUUAAUGGCAGCAUUCCUAGUAGCUUCAUAUACCUGCCUCAGCUUAACUUUCUCGAGCUGCAAAACAAUAUGCUCUCUGGUACCCUGUCUGAGAACACCGACUCUUCAUCCAAGAAUCAAAGUAAACUGGGGCAGAUGAAUCUCUCAAACAAUCAGCUUUCCGGGCUGUUACCGUUUUCCUUAUCCAAUUUCGCAUCCCUCCAAAUCCUAUUGCUCGGUGGCAACAACUUCUCCAGCCCCAUACCGCCUUCUGUGGGAGAGCUGCAUCAGGCGGUGAAGAUUGAUCUAAGCGGAAACUCUCUCACGGGAGAAAUUCCUCAUGAAAUCGGAGAAUGUCUACAUCUCAACUACCUGGACUUGAGCCAGAACAACCUCGCUGGCCCAAUCCCGCCGGAGAUAUCCAACAUCCGAAUCCUCAACUACCUAAAUCUAUCACGGAACCACCUGACAGACGCCAUACCCCAAUCCAUCGCCUCCAUGAAGAGCCUCACCACCGCCGACUUCUCCUUCAACGACCUCUCAGGUAGGCUGCCGGAGACAGGGCAGUUCUCGGUGUUCAACGCCACCUCCUACGCAGGCAACCCCAAGCUCUGUGGCUCGACAGUGAACAACCCCUGCAAUGCCACAGCAGGCGCCGCCGCAAAAUCGCACAACGCGUUCAAGCUGGUGUUCGCGGUGGGGCUAUUAGCGUGCUCGCUGGUGUUCGCGACGGCGGCGAUCGCCAAGGCCAGGUCAUUCAAGAGGGGCAGCAGGUCGGAUUCGUGGAAGAUGACAGCGUUCCAGAAGGCGGAGUUCACGGUGGCGGAGGUGGCGGAGUGCGUCAAGGACGGGAAUGUGAUCGGGCGGGGCGGGGCGGGGAUAGUGUACCAUGGGAAGAUGGGAAACGGCGUGGAGAUCGCGGUGAAGAAGCUGCUAGGUUUCAAUGGCAUAAACAGCCACGACCAUGGAUUCAAAGCAGAGAUCAGGACGCUGGGGAAUAUCAGGCACAGGAACAUCGUGCGGCUGCUGGCCUUCUGCUCGAACAAGGAGGCGAACCUCCUUGUGUACGAGUACAUGAGGAACGGAAGCUUGGGGGAGGCGCUCCACGGGAAGAAGGGAGGGUUUCUGAGCUGGAAUUUGAGGUACAAAAUCGGCCUUGAUUCCGCCAAGGGGCUCUGCUAUCUCCACCACGAUUGCUCGCCCUUGAUCGUGCACCGCGACGUCAAGUCCAACAACAUUCUCCUCAACUCAAACUUCGAAGCUCACGUCGCGGAUUUCGGCCUCGCCAAGUUUCUGGUCGACGGCGCCGCGUCGCAGUGCAUGUCCGCCAUUGCUGGCUCCUACGGCUACAUUGCUCCAGAGUACGCGUACACGUUGAGAGUGGACGAGAAGAGCGACGUGUACAGCUUCGGAGUGGUGCUGCUGGAGCUGGUGACGGGGCGGAGGCCGGUGGGGGAGUUCGGGGAAGGAGUGGACAUCGUGCAGUGGGUGAGGUGUUUGACGAAAUGCCGCAGAGAGGAGGUGAGCCGCAUCCUGGAUCCGAGGCUGACGGUGGUGCCCAAGGAUGAGGCCAUGCACCUCUUCUUCGUCGCCAUGCUCUGCGUGCAGGAGAACAGUGUAGAGCGCCCCACCAUGAGAGAGGUCGUGCAGAUGCUCUCCGAGUUCCCCCGCCGCUCGCCGGACUUCCACUCCUCCUCCUCCUCCUCCAAUCACAAAAUUGGAGUAUGAUUUUUUAGUUUUUAGGAACACAAAUUAUUAAAAAUAACUUUCGCUUUUUUGGGGGUCUUUUCUGUAUUUCUAUAAUUUAUGAUCUUAUUCCCUUAUGUGUUUUUUAUUUUUAUGAUUUUACUUUUGGGAGUCAAAUAAUUAGGUGUAGAAAUAAUUAGUGUGUUUUAGUAUUCAUGUAUUAUAGUGUACACAGAGAGUAAUGCAUUAACCAUUUUUGGGGGUGAAUUA